AUGACAGUGGUCAAACUGAAGCAACUUAGAGAAUGGAUUAGUCAAAAACUAGCACUUAUGAAAGUUGUACCAUAUAUUCAAAAGCUAGUAUCUGGUGCUAAACCUAAGUACCCUGAGCUUGAAGCUGAUUACUAUAUGAUUCAAGCAAAAGCUCAUUCUCUUGCUGCCACUUCUAGCUACCAAAACCAGUUUCAUGAAAUUGAAAAUCAUAAAUUUUUCCAAAAAUGGGUAGAUAGAUUUAUGUCACGGCAUAAUUUGGUUAACC